ACACAUAUCCCGCACAGCUGCAUUUAUGCACAGGACCGCCAAAAACGUCAGCAUGACUGGCAAAGGAUACAUGAUCUGGAACUGUAAUCGACCUCUCCCAGGAGAGACUAUUAAAGGCAUUCAAGAUACCGUUGAACGGGAUAAACUGUACGGGCCACUUCUUGAUGAGACAAGAGCAACAUAUAACUGCGCAGAGGACUGGAAAAACCAUCGGGAAGAAUGGAAAAAGAUUAUUAUGGAUGGUAGUCGGUUUGAGAUCAUCGUUACCGCGAGCCUUCCCAGCGAUCGCGCUGAGCCUUACUUUUGGCAGGGGCCCCUAGUCGGACGAUUCGUGAAAAAUCGAUCCUUGUCUCGACUUAGGAAAGCGCAACCAUGUCCGGCAUCUAUUGCGUUCAUCAAGCCACUGGACGAAGCGCUAACACCCGCCAAUGGAAUGUUCAAUAUCUACCCAGGCUCCGAGAAUCUACAAACGGAGGAAGAACUUAUGGCUAGUGGAAUUCCUGCGGAGACAGUAAUCAUUGGAAGAAAUCAAUUAUUAGUAAUUGGCUCAGUGUGGGUGGAAACAAGAGAUGAAGGGGGCGCCGUAUUCUUGUGGGCAGGUUACUCGUCCAACUUGAUUGGGAUUGAUGACAACAAAGCACUAGAAUUUAUUCAGGCUGCUUACAAAGGCGAUGCAGUGGACUAA